GUGGAAUCUUACUGCAUGUGCACAGCUAGCUCAUCGUAAGCUUAUUUUAUAGCAACAAAAAUUCAGAGCUUGGGACUCGGAUUGGGAGGCUUUUAUUAAUGGAUUAUCCUUGAAAAGCUUCCACCUUUUUCUAGGUGGGAUGACCCCAAUUUCCGCCAAUUUUCAGUCGGUAUUUUAUUUUUUGUAGUCAACUGUUUUCAGCAAUAAAAGCAGUAGGCAGGUCUGAGCUUCAAUAGUCUACCAACAAUGGCGUCCGCUGUGCAGAGCUUAAGUUAUUCAUGCCUCGCCGUGAACCGUUCGCGCGAGUUCUCGUCCUCCCGCUUUCAUUCUUCCUCAGUUUCUUCACUGCUGAGCAAGUCGAAGAGGGUUUCUUCAAUCAGCGGUGAUGAUACUUUUACUAAAUACAGGUGUCAAUCAUCUACGGGUACCGAUGAAACCAAAACAGCUAAAACGAUGAACUUAUUGGACAAUGCAAGCAACCUCCUCACGAAUUUCUUGAGUGGAGGAAAGAUGGGAAAUAUGCCUAUUGCAGAAGGUGCAGUUUCGGAUCUUUUCGGCAGGCCACUUUUCUUCGCCCUUUAUGACUGGUUCUUAGAGCAUGGAUCAGUGUAUAAACUUGCAUUCGGGCCGAAAUCUUUUAUUGUUGUCUCAGAUCCCAUUGUCGCGAGGCAUAUUCUUCGAGAAAAUGCAUUUUCCUAUGACAAGGGUGUUCUGGCUGAUAUACUGGAACCAAUAAUGGGAAAAGGGCUCAUACCGGCUGACCUUGAUACUUGGAAACAGAGGAGAAGAGUUAUUGCUCCUGGAUUCCACUCACUUUACUUGGAAGCUAUGGCCAGACUGUUCACAGACUGCUCCGAAAGAAUGAUAACAAAAUUUGAGAACCUUCUACAACUUGAUGCUUCAAGAGGAGGGGGAAAGUUAGAGCUGGACCUAGAAGCUGAAUUUUCUAGCUUGGCACUAGAUAUUAUUGGACUGGGUGUUUUCAAUUAUGACUUUGGUUCUGUUACGAAAGAAUCACCAGUGAUUAAGGCUGUAUAUGGUACUCUUUUCGAAGCGGAACAUCGUUCAACAUUCUACAUUCCUUACUGGAAGAUCCCUUUGGCAAAAUGGCUCGUACCUCGCCAGAGAAAGUUCCAGAAUGAUCUGAAAGUCAUCAACGACUGUCUCGAUGGCCUGAUAAAAAAUGCAAAAGAGACAAGAGAGGAAGCUGAUGUCGAAAAAUUGCAACAAAGGGACUAUUUAAAUAUCAAGGAUGCUAGUCUCUUGCGUUUUUUAGUUGAUAUGAGAGGAGUAGAUGCUGAUGACCGUCAGCUAAGAGAUGACUUGAUGACAAUGCUUAUAGCUGGCCACGAAACAACAGCUGCAGUUCUCACCUGGGCUAUUUUCCUCCUUGCACAGCAUCCUUCCAAAAUGAAGAAAGCACAGGAUGAGAUUGAUUCGGUCCUUGGACAGGAAAGAACUACAUUUGAAGCCAUAAAAAAACUCGAAUACUUGCGUCUUAUUGUUGUGGAAGCGCUACGUUUGUAUCCACAACCUCCAUUGCUCAUCAGACGGUCUCUCAAGGCAGAUAAAUUACCAGGUGGUUAUAAUGGUGACAAAGAUGGAUAUCCAAUCCCAGCCGGCACUGAUCUAUUUGUUUCUGUUUAUAAUCUGCAUAGAUCCCCGCAUUUUUGGGACAACCCGAAUGACUUCGAGCCUGAGAGGUUUCAAGUGCAAAAAUCGAGUCAGGUUGAAGGUUGGGCUGGUUUCGAUCCAUCUCGAAGCCCAGGUGCACUCUACCCAAACGAGAUUAUAUCGGAUUUCGCCUUCUUGCCGUUCGGAGGAGGGCCAAGAAAAUGUGUGGGUGACCAAUUUGCCCUCAUGGAGUCGACUAUAGCUCUGGCACUGUUAUUACAAAAGUUCGAUGUGGGUCUCAAAGGAUCACCCAACUCUGUGGAACUUGUUACAGGGGCCACGAUUCACACCAAAAAUGGAUUAUGGUGCCAAUUGAAGAAAAGGUCAUCGUCCGUUUAAUGUUUAUUGAUCAGCGGCCGAUUUAUAGUUCUAUAUUACUGCAAUAAAUCUUGCAGUUUGUAAUAUGUUACAUUCUCAUAAAGUUUAGAAUACUCAGAGGGUUUUGAUCUUGGUUUUGAUGAGUUGUAUUCCAUGAUUACCACAUCCUGGACAUUUCUUUUGAAAUAAACAAGUAUUAUGUUAUGUUACUGGAUUGCUGCCAUUUUUCUCUGUAA